GCGCAAUGUGCCUAAUAAAUACAGAUCCACUGUUGAUCUAAGCGUAAACUUACCCUACCCUGCCUUACCUUGAGGGCACUUAGUGAACUUUCAGCCCUUACACAAGAAAAAGAAAAGAGUAAACAUUACAAAUACUUUCAUACGCGUUUUUAUGUCCAUGAGGAAAACAGUCAAUCUCCACUGACUGCGCGCGUGACCGACGCAGCAGCGACUACGUGUUAGUUUGGCUUUGUGAAUCGGUUUUCUUUCCUGGAUGCUGUUAACAUUUACAUGGACCAAAAGCCACCAUCGUUAAAACUCCGGCAUCUUACAUGAGGACUUACAUGCUGAGCUGAUGAUGGCGGACAUUAGGACAUAUAAUGUUGUUGUUUUGGGGAUAGGAUUUUUGCUCAUAUUUACAGCCUUCACCACCUGUGGGAAUAUCGAACAAACAGUGGUGAAAAGCUUGAACAGCACUAACUUUACUGGGAGUGGGUAUCACAGCCUUGGAAUAAUAUAUGGAGUCUUUUCCUUCUGUAAUAUACUAGCUCCCACUAUCGUUGCGGUAAUUGGAGCUCGGUUUACGAUGUUCUUGAGUGGCAUUCUUUAUAGUGGUUAUAUAGCUGUAUUCAUCAUUCCAUCCACAUGGUCCUUUUAUUUCACAUCAGUGGUCAUUGGCUUUGGGGCAGCCAUGCUUUGGACGGCUCAAGGACACUUUCUAGUGGAGAACUCUGACGCUUCCACCAUCAACAGGAACACAGGAGUGUUUUGGGCGUUACUGCAGUGCAGUAUGUUGUUUGGCAAUCUGUACGUUUAUUUUGAUUGGAAAGGAAAAACUGAAAUAUCAGAUAGAGAAAGAAAGAUUAUGUUCACGGCUCUGCUGGUGAUCUCAGUACUCGGGACACUGAGUUUUCUUGCCUUGAGGAAGGUCCGUCAGCUGGAGGAGGCUCUGUCUGAAGAAGAAGGCCAGUCUCUGUUAUCAGCCAGAUUCAUAUAUAAACAAAAAGCAGCCUCUGCUGUGACGGAAGCUAAAACAGAGUUAAAGACGAUUGUGGAAAUCUUCAAAUCCAAAACCAUAUUGUUGUUAAGUUUCUGCAUGGCAUACAGUGGUUUGGAGCUGUCAUUUUACAGUGGUGUUUAUGGGACUUGCAUUGGGGCCACAGAACACUUUGGCAAUUCAGCAAAAGGCUUAAUUGGCAUCUCAGGAAUUGUGGUUGGAAUUGGAGAAAUUGUUGGAGGAGGAUUGUUUGGCCUUGUGUUGAAGAAUAAUCGUUUCAGACGCACAUCAGUAGUCUUCUUAGGGAUGGUUGUCCACUUUGUGGCCUUCUAUCUGAUAUUUCUCAACAUACCAGAUGAUGCUCCUGUGGUUCUACAAACAAGCUCGCAGCAUAAUCCAUAUCUGGCACCAAGUGUGUCAAUCGCUCUGCUGUGCAGUUUCUUGUUGGGUCUUGGCGACAGCUGUUUCAAUACUCAGCUCUACAGUAUUCUGGGCCGGGCGUAUGCUGAGCAGAGUGCACCUGCCUUUGCCAUAUUUAAAUUCAUACAGUCUGUUUCUGCAGCUGUGGCCUUCUUCUACAGCGGCUACAUUCUGCUGACCUGGCAGCUCCUCGUGAUGGUCAUCAUGGGCUUCAUAGGGACGCUGUGUUUCUUCAUGGUGGAGAGGAUGCAGAACAUGUCCGCUGAUGCACAGGAGUAUUAGGCUGGAGUCUCGCUCAGGACACACAUUUCAGUAAGCGGUUGCACUUGCACUAUUUGUAUGUUGUAAUUAAGAUGAAGUUGUUAGGAUAAAACACUAGUGAUUCAUGAGAAGGUGCCUUUUUUGAUAUUUGGACUUUAAAAUACAGGAUUUCUGGGUUUUUUUUCUCUAUUUACAUGCUUUUAUAGAUUAUUGAUAAUUGGGAAUGCAUUGUGGUGAUGUUGUGUUAUCAAAUAUACUAUAGAGGUGCGUGAUAUUUAUCAUCUGUCAUAAUAUCAUCAUUGGGGUUUUAGCAAUUUUCUAGCUGACAUUAUUGAGAAUUUCACACUAUUUGACAAAAAAAAAACAAUAACACGUCUUGAGAGUCUGAAAUCUUAGGAAGCUGAAAAUAAUGCACUUAAUGAUCCUGUAAUUUAAUAUAUGAAAGAAAAAAAAAAAGUUAUAUAUUUUUUUCAUUUAGUUCAAGAUAUAAAUAUAGGCUGAUUUUGACUUCUGCAUCAAGCGCAUGCUUCAGCGCAGCAUUCACAUGGUCGCAUAGCCCUCACUGUGGCUGGCGCCGUCGCUGACGUGCACCUCUCAAAAAAACGUAACUACACAUAGCAGUGAGUGUUUCCAAGUGUCGAGUCCUGUGAAGUAGCUCUAGAUGGAAAAAGUAGCUCUAGAUGUAUUGUUUUGUGUUUACCUUAUGAUUAUUGUUGCACGUCCGCCGGUUCCCGCCUCUGAAUGAGCAUGUUUUAGCUAUGUGUUCAUUCAGAAAAAAACAACACACACGUGAAGAAACUUGACACAGAGGAACAGAAAUCUACUGCCAGCUAGUGUUUCAGAAGCGUUAUUGCAGAGCAACACAAACAGCACACAGAAGUAUAAAUGCAGCACUACGCACAAGGCAGGCGCCGUGGGUCACGUCAAUCACUUAACGCAGAAGUAUAAACCAGCCUUUAGUCCACACAAGCAUGACUAAGUAUUCACAGAAUAUCAGUGUACGGCCUUAAUUGCAAAUGUGAUAUUUAUUUAAAGGCACAAUAUGUCAUUUUCACCACUAGAGGGUGUAUAUUCACAACAAACAAUGUUAUAGUUUGAUGACGGCGUGACUGAUUGUGUAAUCAGUUGGGAGUUGUCACCUUCCCUGAUUAUGAUUUCUGUAGAAGUUUAAAAGGAUGUAACUGGAAAUCAAGGGUGGAUGACAUUAUUAGCAUGGUGACACAGAACAUUAGUUAAAAUUGCUUAUCUCUCUGGAUCUGGACUUUGAAACAUUUGGUAUAAUGUAUGUACAUACAUCCGCAAAAUAAAUAAUGCUGUUCUAGUGGUUUCUGAAUAUUAUAAUGAACAAAUGUUACAUAUUGUGCCUAACUAUUCAAACUGUUAAUACAAUAUUGAGAAGGUACAUUAUGUCAAAUUUGUACGUUUGUUCACCAAUGAAAAUUGCGCAUCUCAAAGCCACAUUGCAGUAUUUUGUUCCUGAAUCAAUCUGGUUUCGAAUGAAUCAUUCCAAAAAUUCAGUUUCUUUCUAUAUGGAUAUCAUUCAUUUUUAACAAAUCUGACUGAAAGUUUUAUUAAAUCAGUCAUUAAAUGGGGACUUUGCAUGAGGGUUUUUACUGUAUAGAGAAUUUUGAGGCAGCCACCUCCAUCAAAUGUUCUACCACUUCCUCCUUUUGACAAAAAUCAGGCAGGCAGUCACAGGAAGCGACAGACCCCAACUGAUGCUCAAGCACUGGUCAUCAUGUAUUUAAUUACAUUCAAUGUUUGCCUUUUCAAAUAAGAUGGUUUACUUCAUAAGAUUACAAGGAUAAUGCAAAAUGUGUUUCAACAAAACCCUA